AUUUGGACUCUGCAUUUUCGCUUGCACUGAGAUGAAAUGCAUUGGAUGCAAUGUUCAAAAUGAAUAUUUGCUAACGAUAGCCACCUACUUCACGGUAACAAAGCAAUUUGAACCGGCUUUAUGUCUACUGUCUUUUUAUCUUCCUCCGUUACGCAAUAGCAAACCUCAACCACAAUGGGUUCCAAAGGAAGGUGGAAUCCACCUGAAGACACCAAGCCUUCUUUCAAAGGCCGAAAUGUCAUCGUGACUGGGGCCAACUCAGGCGUAGGGUUCGAAGCUUCGGUCAAGUUCGUGCAACUUGGCGCAGACCGCGUCAUUUUAGCUGUCCGAUCCGUCAGAAAGGGCGAAGACGCAAAAGCAAAGAUUGAAGCCAAGACUGGCCGAAAAGACUGCGUUGAGGUCUGGCCUCUUGAUAUGAUGUCGUAUGACAGCAUCAGAGAGUUUGCUGCACGCGCCUGCAAGAACCUCGACCACCUUGAUAUUGCGCUUCUCAACGCUGGCAUCCAGCCUGCACAGCAUCAACUAUCUCCAUACGGAUGGGAGACUGCCCUUCAAAUCAACGCUCUGUCAACAUUGCUAUUGAGCCUCUUCCUCCUCCCGAAGUUGAAGAGUAGCAAAACAAAGUCAUUCACCCCGGUGCUGGAGUUAGUUAGCAGCAGCAACCACUACAUGGUGUCCAAAGUUGAUUCGGACCCUUCUGGCGAGCAGACUGUAUUGCAAUACAAUAACAAAUUCUCAUCGUUCCAAGCGUAUGGCCUCUCCAAGCUGUUCCUUAUGUACGGAAUGGAGGGGCUUGUGACACAGGAAGGAGUAGGCGAGAACGGUCAACCAAAUGUCUUCAUUACCUCGGUUUGUCCUGGAGGGACCCAGUCAAAUAUUAUGAGGAGCUAUCCUUGGUAUACGAAGCCCUUUUUCUGGAUCAUUAAUAACUUUGUCAACAAGACUACGGAGCAAGGUGCUAGGACGUAUAUCAGCGGUACCACAACGGGCAAUGCAGGCCAUGGGCGGUUCUGGCGUGACGAUAUUAUCGAAGAAUUAGCGCCGAUGUUGAAAGGAGAGCAAGGUGCAAACCUGCAGAAACAGGUAUGGGCUGAGAUUAUUGAUGCACUAAGGAAAGAUGUACCCGAAGUAGAGAAUUUGGUGAGAUGAAAGCAAAGAUUGAGACUUCGUAGGAAGGCAUGAAGAAUUUCUCACUAAACCAAUCAUUUGAUAUAUCGUUUAUAAUCCAUCCAAUAAACAGUUCAUUGAGCU